CACAGCACGUGAACACGCGUUGUUAUCUCAAUUCAAAAGGAUUUUGAAGGAUAUGGAGACGAAGUCACGGGGGCUCCGAGUGCGCGGACAGUCCUGUUGAAAACCAAAUGGGGGAAUCCGAAUCCGAGUCUGAGAAGCAGUGGAGGCUGUACGAGGCCUACAACGAGCUGCACGGUCUGGCGCAAGAGUUUGACACCCCAUUCGAGGCCCCGGCGGUGCUUGUUGUCGGUCACCAGACGGACGGCAAGAGCGCCCUGGUGGAAGCGCUAAUGGGCUUCCAGUUCAAUCACGUCGGCGGCGGCACCAAGACCAGACGACCCAUUACUCUCCACAUGAAGUACGACCCUCUCUGUGAGCUCCCCCGCUGCCGCCUUCUCUCCGAUUCUCCUUCUCCUUCUGCCGCUGCCUCUGAUCCCACCCUCGCUUCCGCUCAGGAAAAGUCCCUCCAACAAAUUCAGGCAUACAUUGAAGCUGAAAACAUGAGAUUGGAGAGCGACCCUUGUCAAUUCUCAACUAAAGAAAUAAUUAUUAGGGUGGAAUAUAAGUAUUGCCCAAACCUUACCAUUAUAGACACUCCUGGACUCAUUGCUCCUGCUCCAGGUCUAAAGAAUCGGGCGCUACAGAGUCAAGGUCGUGCAGUGGAAUCCCUUGUGCGAGCUAAAAUGCAGCACAAAGAGUUCAUUAUACUAUGUCUCGAAGAUUGCAGUGACUGGAGCAAUGCAACUACCCGGCGGGUGGUUAUGCAAAUUGAUCCUGAGCUUUCAAGGACUGUAAUUGUCUCGACCAAGCUAGAUACGAAAAUACCCCAGUUUGCACGUGCAUCAGAUGUAGAGGUUUUCCUUUCACCUCCUGCAUGUACACUUGAUGGCUUCAUACUGGGUGACUCUCCCUUCUUCACAUCUGUGCCUUCGGGAAGAGUUGGUUCUGGACAUGAUUCGGUUUACAGAACAAAUGACGAGUUUAAACAGGCAAUAUGCCUAAGAGAGGUGGAUGAUGUUGCAUCUUUGGAGGAGAAGUUGGGCCGAUCACUGUCAAAGCAAGAAAGAAGUAGAAUAGGUGUAAGCAAACUUAGAUUGUUCUUGGAAGAGUUGCUGCAGAAAAGGUAUAUGGAUAGCAUUCCAUCGAUCAUUCCACUUCUUGAAAAGGAGUACCGCAGCACAACAAGAAAGCUGAAUGAAAUAAAUCGGGAACUCAGCACCUUGGAUGAAGUAAAAUUAAAGGAGAAAGGAAGAGCAUUUCAUGAUCUGUUCUUGACCAAGUUGUCAUUGCUACUGAAAGGGACAGUUGUUGCACCUCCAGAUAAAUUUGGUGAAACACUGCAAGAUGAAAGAAAUAAUGGGGGGGCAUUUGUUGCUUCCGAUGGUAUUCAGUUUCCUCAUAAAUUAAUACCUAAUGCUGGAAUGCGUCUUUAUGGGGGUGCACAAUAUCAUCGUGCCAUGGCUGAAUUUCGUUUUGUGGUUGGAGGAAUUAAAUGCCCUCCAAUUAUGCGGGAAGAAAUUGUAAAUGCCUGUGGGGUCGAAGAUAUUCAUGAUGGAACAAACUACUCAAGGACAGCUUGCGUAAUAGCUGUUGCAAAGGCUAGGGACACAUUUGAACCUUUUCUUCAUCAGUUGGGUGGUAGACUCUUGCACAUACUGAAGAGAUUGCUUCCUAUCUCUGUUUAUCUUCUUCAAAAAGAUGGCGAGUAUCUAAGUGGCCAUGAAGUGUUUCUCAGGCGUGUUGCUUCUGCCUUUAACAGAUUUGCUGAAACUACUGAAAGAGCUUGCCAUGAAAAAUGCAUGGAGGAUUUAAUAAGCACCACUCGUUAUGUCACUUGGUCCCUCCACAAUAAGAAUCGGGCUGGGUUACGCCAAUUUUUAGACUCAUUUGGAGGACCAGAACAACCCACAAUGGGCGGUAAUCCUGUGUCUGCUGGACUUUCCCAUGAUUCGAUGUUGGGGUCUGUUGGCAAUGAGAAGCAGGACACUAAACCAAAGGGGGAUGUAAAGCUCAGUCAUCUGGCCUCAAGCACCGACUCGACCUCUUCUGUUCAGACAACAGAAACAAGGCUGGCUGAUCUUCUGGAUAGCACACUUUGGAAUCGGAGGCUUGCUCCUUCAUCCGAAAGGCUUGUUUAUGCUUUGGUACAACAGAUAUUUCAUGGCAUAAAAGAAUAUUUCUUGGCAUCUGCAGAAUUAAAGUUCAACUGCUUCCUGCUAAUGCCGGUUGUAGACAAGUUGCCUGCACUCCUCCGGGAGGAUUUGGAAUCUGCUUUUGAAGAUGACUUGGAUAGUAUUUUUGACAUCACCAACCUGCAACACUCACUGCACCUGCGGAAGCGUGAUACAGAGAUUGAGCUGAAAAGGAUUAAGAGGCUUAAAGAGAAAUUCAGACAAAUAAAUGAGCAGCUUUGUUCACGUCAACUCAAGUCAAUGCCAUACAUGAUGAUCUCCGCCAAGUGAUUUCCUCGUACGAAAUGAUGAUACUGAUGUGUGGGAAAACAUUACUUUUUUGUUUCUUUUCUGUUGAGGCUUCUCCUUUAUGUAAUUCUCAAAGUUUAAGACUGAUUUUGUUGUCAUUUAAGAAUUUUUCAUUCUCA